UUCAAUCAAACGGAACGAAUGAAUUGAAGUCAAACAAAAGUUUUGAGGUGUGGCGAAGCGUUGUGUGUUAGCGAUGGCUUUUAUAAAUAUCGAAACUUUUGCUGUAAUACUAUGUUUAUCCUCCAUAGCGCUGGGCCAGCGGACGCCCACGAUCUCGCACAUAACCCAGGAACAGAUCCGGGACAUCGGAGGCCAGGUCGACCUGGACUGCUCCGUGCACUAUGCCCAGGAUUACCCCGUGCUAUGGGUGAAGUAUGACCGUCAGAAGUCAACGGAGUCUCUCCCGCUAUCCACCAACUCCGGGCUCAUCAUCAGGGAUUCCAGAUUCUCCCUCCGGUUUGAUGAUGCUUCGGCCACGUAUACACUUUCGAUUAAGGACAUCCAGGAGACGGACUCGGGCUGGUACCAGUGCCAGGUGAUCAUCUCGGUCAGCAACAAGAUCACGGCGGAAGUCGAGCUGCAGGUGCGCCGCCCGCCCAUCAUAUCCGACAACUCCACGCGCUCCGUCGUUUCCAGCGAGGGGGAGACUACUCAAAUGGAGUGUUACGCCGGCGGAUUCCCGUCGCCCAAGAUAUCAUGGCGCCGCGAGAACAACGCUAUCCUGCCCACAGGUGGCUCCAUCUACAGAGGCAACAUCCUGAAGAUAGCGUCUGUCCACAAGGAGGACCGCGGCACUUACUAUUGCGUAGCGGAGAACGGUGUAGGCAAGGGAGCGAGAAGGAACAUCAACUUGGAAGUGGAAUUUGCGCCUGUGGUAACCGUGCCCCGCCCGAGACUCGGUCAGGCUCUACAAUAUGACAUGGACAUCGAGUGCCACGUGGAGGCGUACCCGCCCCCCGCCAUCACCUGGCUCAAGGACGAAGUGCAGCUGUCCAACAACCAACAUUACAGAAUCUCCCACUUCGCGACGGCAGACGAGUUCACUGACACGACACUACGCGUGAUCACCAUAGAGAAGCGGCAGUACGGUUUGUUCACCUGUAAGGCGCAGAACAAACUUGGCACCGAUGAGGGCACAGUCGAGUUAUUUGAGACCAUCAUCCCGGUGUGUCCCCCCGCGUGCGGGCAGGCGCGCUACGGCGGCGCGGCCUCGUUGGCGCCCUCCGCCAGCACCCUCGUCGCCCUGCUGGCCAUAUACCUCGGGUACGCUGUUAGGAGAAUCGCCAAUUCCCGACAUUAACUACUCAGGCCUUCGGCUCGACCCACUUAUAUACGGAGAUGUCUACAGCGCCGCGACAGCGACACAUAUCGACUUCAUAUUUAUAUUUCUAAUGGCAACACUUAUUUCGGCCUAAUGUUACCAUCCUUUAAGAACAAAGUGUGAAAUCUGCCGAAUUUCAACUCUAAAAAUGAAUCUCAUUUGACUGAAAUUAUACUUUUGUAAUGUCCAUAGGUAAGGAUAUUAACAAGUAGUUACGUUAUUCACCGGGUGAGAGCCCUCAGCGCUCCCCAUUUGUCCGGCCAAGUAGUUAAUGCCAUCUGCGGCAUAUCUACAAUAAGUCACGUUAAAAAAGAAACAAAUUUAAAUGUGAAACGUUCAAUUAUGAUAAAAUUAGAUUAUCAAAAGUCUGGUACUCACUGCAGCUUGUCAAGCCGGGACGAGCGUGUUAACCCACUUGAACAUUACAUUUUGCAUGGUAUAAGAAAAUCUCAAUGCAAUGGUAUGCUCAAAAGUGACAGCUAACAUUUCAAGGUUAGCCCAGCUGACGUCAUCCCACCCUGUGUUGCCAUUUCGUAAAAAAGAAAUUACCCACGACCAAUGUUUCUAAUUUACUUUGCAAGCCAAUUUCGAACUUUUAGUAAAAUACUUUACUUACAGUUUUAAUGAUUUCUAUAUAUGUGACAAGUAAUAGUUAGCUAUGUUAUAUAUUUUAUUAACAUUGUUACUAUUACAUAGCAAAUCUAAUAAAGUACCUCAUAUUCAAUAUGGCCAAUAUUUUAUAUUUUCAUAAAUGCACAUUGUAAAUUAAAUAUGUCAUGUGUCAUUAUUAAUAAAGAGAGAUUCCUUCUUGAGAUAAUUAUGUUAAAAAAGUAAUAAUUAUUAAAUACAUUAGUCAGUAAUUCCCUUAAUUUUCAGUAAUAAAAUUUACGUCCUUGGAGAUACCAAUUUAAGGGUAACACAGUGGUAACACUUACGUCAUCAAAGGGCUCGCAAUGGCGGCUUGUCAUUGGAUUGAGCAUACCUGGCGGCUUAGCACCGUAAGCGCGCGACUCUCUCGCCUCGACAUACGUCACCCGUCACUCUCUCACAGUACUGCACAGAAAGAGACAGACGAUCUCUGUCGCGGCGAGAAAGAGUCGCGUGCUUACGGUGCUAGGCCCGCUGGUUUUCUUAUACAUAACAAGACAUUUUGCAUUUACACUUUGUUGGUGGGGCGUGCAGUAUCCUAAGGAGAUAUGACCCAAGUGAUGUGAUGAGAGAGAAUCGAGUAGUUUUCGUAAAAUAUAAUUGUAUAUAAAAUAGUGCCGAUUCCAGUACAAACCAUCUAAUUUUAUUUCAAGUUAUACCUGUCAUUUUCUUAUCCACCGAAAAGGAAAGCGACGGGUAAUCGACAGGAAUAACAUUAUGGAACACACGUAAAUUUUACGCAGAAAUAUAAAAAAGCCCUUCCAAAAUUUUAUAUUGGCCAAUAACGCGAAAGAAUUAAGUUGACAGCACUCGUCAAUCGGAUUGCAUAUGAAAUUUAUUCGCCCGGGUUAUUCUUUCAUUAUAAAACUAACAGUUGUCGAUCAUCCGUCCCUUUCCUUUUCGGUGGAUAAGAAAAUGACAGGUAUAACUUAAAUUUAGAAGGAGUCUGCAGGAAUCGGAGUCAAUAUGUCGUUGUAGUAAACGAGAUGUCAGCUAGAAAGUUUCCAUAAAAACCUAAUAGGAAAGUAGGGUUAGCGCAAAUGGAUUAAAGCCUUUUGUAUGUACUAUGUAAGUCUGUGUUAACCCUUUGUCAGUGAGUGAAAUGUGUGUAAGUUUUAAUAUUUUUAUACAAAUGGAAUAGUAGAUCUGAUACAAGUAGUUAUAAGCAGUAAUGUGUCGUUCUCAGGAAUGUUCCCACUUUGGCAGUAAAAAGGCGCGAAACUUAUGUAAAUUAGCUUUCUUACUCAACCUAGGCGGAUUCUUCCUUCUAUCGUGUGGGUUGUGAGGUGAAUUACCAACCCCAUCAACCCUGGUGUCAGGGUUACCAUUGAGCCGCCAAAGGCCUCUGACAUGGCUCAUGUAACGACUACUUACUUACGUCAGAAGUAGUAACCGGGACCAACGGCUUAACGUGCCUUCCGAAGCACGGAUCAUCUUUUUGGAAAGUCAGGUGAUCAGCCUGUAAUGUCCUAACCAAACUAGGGAUCACAAAGUGCUUGUGAUUAUGUCCCCACCGGGAUUCGAACCCGGGACCUCCGGAUCGUGAGCCCAACGCUCAACCACCGGACUUGAGGCCGUCACGGAACCUAGGCAGAUAAGACCAGAGUCUACCAGAGUACAAGAAAUAACAAUUUGGGAAAGAAAAGCAACCAAUCUCCUUACUAUUAAAAGAGUUUUAACAACGGGAACAUUCCUAUAAACGGCAAAUCACUAUAGUUAUAAGCUUAGGACAAUGUUAAAUUUGUAUGUAUGUUUAAAAAACCCAAAAUCGACUUACACGUAUCACGACCUACGCCAAUCGAUGAGUUACAAUGAGUUAUUAAACCAGUGAAUGUAAGGUUAUGUAAUAAAAAUGUAAAAUAUAUACUCGACAAGGCUAGUUUCAAACUAGUCAAAUCAGUUACUUUUUAUUAAACGUCAAAACACUAAAUUACUGUGGAAUUUGUAUGAAAUAGCACACUGUGAUGUCAUAGAAGAACGUGAUAAAAUGACGGACUUUUACGUUUUUCUUGAUUAAAAUUCAUAAAUAAGUUAGAAAGACAUGCUAAUCUAGAAUUCGAAGAUGAAAAAUCAAUCUCAUUUUACUUUUUAACGUAUUUUCGAAUUUCAUUUACGAAUUAAGUAACAAUGAGUACGACGUUUGACCGCUUUUAUUGAUGACGUCACAGGACAGUAUUUCCAUACAAACUCCGAAGAAAACUUUCGUUUUGACGUUUCGUAAAAAGUAUCUCAUUUGACUAGGUUGUAAAGUAGCCUAUUCAUAAGUUAUAAUGAAUUUAAACCGCAUGAGUUCAAUGCGUGUUACUGACUCUGAUUUUAUAACACAUUAUUAUGACUCGUUGAUGGGGGACUUUUAGGCUACGUUAUUCAAAAACAGUAUAGAUGGCACUGUACAGAUUUCCCUUCGUUUAACCUGCUAAUUUCAUGGAUACCAGACAUUAUGCAUCUUUUAUCUUUGACUAGCUUUUGCCCGCGACAUCGUCCGCGUGGCGUGUUAUAAAAGAGAGAUAUUUUUCAUACAAAAGGAUUUUCCCGCUAAUUCCCGUUCCCGUGGGAAUUUCGGGUAUUCCUUUCUUAGUGCACCUCUACGGUGCCUAAGCUACGUCCCAUCCAAAUUUCAAGUGCCUACGUUUAGCCGUUUAGGCUGUGCGUUGAUAUGUCAGUCAGUCAGUUUCUCCUUUUAUAUAUUUAGAUUUGGGUAUAAGUGAUGACCCUUUUUAGCACACCCAAGCACAAUUACAACUUCCCAUUAUUAUUCUAAUCAAAAUAAAGAGAAGCAAUAUAGGUAGCAACAUAAUUGUAUACAUAAU